AAAGCCAAAAUGGCUGCCCUGAGGAGGCCCACACAGUGUAGCUAGUGAAGGCUGGGGAGCAAGCUUCUGCGGGAAAGAGGGAGGAGAACUCCAGGAAAGCCGCUGAGAAGACUAUCACACCCCGAGUAGCACAGGUUCCAAUUACAGCCAUCCCUUAUAUAACUUUUAAACUAUAUUUGGAAAAAUACUGGCCAAGAAAGAAAAAUGAUAAAAUUUUUCCUCAUGGUGAAUAAACAAGGGCAGACGCGACUUUCUAAGUACUACGAACAUGUGGAUGUUAAUAAGCGUACGCUUCUGGAAACAGAAGUCACAAAGAGCUGUCUCUCUCGAUCCAAUGAACAAUGCUCUUUCAUUGAACAUAAGGAUUUUAAGCUGAUAUAUCGGCAGUAUGCAGCUCUCUUCAUUGUGGUUGGAGUUAAUGACACUGAGAACGAGAUGGCUAUUUAUGAAUUCAUUCAUAACUUUGCGGAAGUUUUAGGUGAGUAUUUCAGCCAAGUGAGUGAAUCAGAUAUAAUGUUUAAUUUAGAUAAAGUACACAUCAUUUUGGAUGAGAUGGUGUUAAAUGGCUGCAUUGUGGAAACUAACAGGGCAAGAAUUCUUGCCCCUCUACUAAUUCUUGAUAAGAUGUCAGAAAGCUGAAAGGAAGUCUCUUUCGGACAACAUGGAUUUAUCAGAAAUAGACAGGGUUUUGCCACGUUGUCCAGACUGGUUUCGAACUC